AUGUGCAUGAAUGAUCAAGUUGCAUUGUGUCUCAAAACCAAAAGUAUUAUUCAGUCACCAUGUCUUUUGCAACCAGAAUGAUGAGCAUGACCCUCUCUCUUCAAAUCCUUACAGCUUUUCUCUUUAUUACUGCCACAGCAUCAUCACCACCCCCCAGCGGCUUCACCAUGGACCUAAUCCAACGUCGCACUAAUUCACCUUCUUCUCAACGCUCUAAUACUGAUGAUCAACUCCGAUCAUCUCCUUACGCCGACGUCGUCUUUGAUAACUACGAGUAUCUUAUGAAACUCCAAAUCGGUACACCUCCUGUCGAGAUCGAAGCAAUCGUAGACACAGGAAGCGAUGUCAUAUGGACACAAUGCUUGCCUUGUCUUAACUGCUUCAACCAAAGCAAUCCAAUAUUCGACCCUUCGAAGUCCUCGACCUACAAAGAGAAACAAUGCAAUACCCCUAAUGACCCCUCUUGUGAUUAUGAGUUGACAUACGCAGACCAAAGCUACUCCAAAGGAAGUUUCGCAUCCGAGACUGUCACCAUCAAAUCCACUUCUGGCCAAUCCUAUGUAAUGCCUGAAACAGUUAUUGGAUGUUCACACAACAGCUCGGGGUUUCGAACAACCGGUUCUGGCAUUGUUGGUCUAAGUUGGGAUCGUUAAUCACUCAUCUCUCAGAUGGGCAAAAACAUGCACGGUGCCUUUUCUUACUGCUUAUCCCCUGGGGGAGCUAGUAAGAUCAACUUUGGAAGUAAUGCUAUUGUGUCAGGGAAUGGGACUGUAUCAACACCUAUGUUUCUGAAACCCGGUUUCGGUUUCUAUCACCUAAACCUAGACGCGGUCAGCGUUGGGGAAACUCGCGUUGAAACACUGGGGACACCGUUUCACGCAGUAGACGGUAACAUGAUCAUAGACUCUGGAUCAACUGCAUGCUCCUUGCCCACGAGUUACUGUAGCCUAGUGUGGGAGGCAGUGGAAAAGCUUGUUACAGCGGAACGAGUAACUUACGCGGACGGCUUGCUUUGCUACAAAACGAACACCAUGGAUGUCUUUCCAGUGAUCACAAUGCAUUUCUCUGGAGGUGCAGAUCUUGUUUUGGAUAAACACAAUACAUAUAUUUCUAAUGGACAUGCCAUUUGUCUGCUUAUUCUGUGUAAAGAAGAAGCUCUUUUUGGUAAUACAGCGCAGAACAACUUCUUGGUUGGUUAUGAUCAUUCUUCACGACUGAUUUCUUUUAAACCCACCGAUUGUGAAGUUGCACAAGACAUACCAAGAGACUCAAUUUCUGCAGCAUUGGUUUUACAGUUUAACAUUAAGUUUGUUUUAUUUAUAUUUGUCCUUUCAUUAAUUAGACUAUAGAGAAUGGAUUUGUUUUAUUUAUUUAUGUCCUUUCAUUAAUAAAACGAUGGACAAUGGAUUUGUUUUAAACAUCAAUAUGCGAAUGAAUUGUUGAGUCGCACUCUUAAACGAAUAAUAAUUGACUGCUUCAUCAUGACAUGUAUAUCUCCAAGAACUCCAUCACUUUUUCUCACCUUCUCCACUGAUGAUACGUAGGAAGAUACUCAGCAGUGUAAUAUUGUUUUUUUUUUUUGAGAAAUCAGUGUAAUAUUGUUUCUUGAUUAUUCUUUGGUGUCCCAUCUCCUUACGUUAUUUUCACAACUUUCGACCCUAUUUUACUCAAACUUAAAAUGAUUAUUCUCCAAGAAAAAUAUGUUCUACAAGAAUUUUGAUGAAUACCGACAUAUUACUUUGGUAGAUAUGGUAAAAUAAUAUGAAGCAAAUAAAGAUGUUAUGGAUUAGUCAAGUUUUUUUUAAUUACUUUUUAUAUAUAUUUCCCUAACCUCAAUACAGAUCAUUACGCAUGAAGAAAAACAGAGGCAGAAAAAGAUACAGUCACAGUGAGAAGGCAAGCCAUAGAUGAAACAAUAAGAUAACGAUUAGGAAAGAUGAGUAAGGUUGGAAAUAUUUGAACCAUGUGAUCAGAUGUGAUUCUGAGCUUGGAAAAUGAGCUGUCCUUUUAAAAAAUCCCCAUGUCUCUGCGAUCUCUUCCAAAAUAGUUUAGCACGUAUAACAAGUUAAAAUUUCUUUGACCAAAAUCUAUGUCGGUUUUCUCACAAAAUUAUGCAAUCUAGAGUUCCUCUCUCACAGAAUUAUGCAAUCUAGAUUUUAAAUGGAUUAUACCUAUAAAGACAUAGAAAGUACCUACUCAAACAUAAUGUAGUAAACAUAAACAAUGUGACCGUACGGAGCAUCUUAGUAUCCAAUGUAAACAUAGAAAAUGCCUGCUCCUGAGAGCAUGGCCAACAUGUAAUAUCUUGGGAAGGAGUUUCUAGUUGUUCAAUAUUAUUACAAUGUGAUAAUGAAUGCAUUUCAUGAGACUUCUUAGAUAAUUUAUUUCCAGCUCGAUUCCUUUCUCUUUCUCUGUUUGUAAAGUCUUCAUCAUGCAUUCGUGAUUUCGCCUCUCGUGGGGGCUAGCAAUGUGAUCUGCAGUGGAACAUGCACUGAGAUUAGGAUUCACCAAGAUUAUCCUCAAUUCAGAUUCGAAACAACUUGUAGGAGCAAUCAACGGCUCACUCACUUUGUCUGAUCUUCAUGGAAUUUGUUCUGAUAUCCAUCUUUUGUGGAAAAACUUUGAUCCGGUUCUGUUUAGCUUCUGCCACCGUGGUUCUCUUUCUUUUGAGGAUGGCUUGGCUACACAGUCUUUAAACUAUUUUUUAUCAGAAGCCCAUUAAGAAAUGAAGUUGUUGUUGCACAAAAAAAAACCCUAAAAGUUUUGUAUUUUUAUAAGGGUUUAUGACCAAUUACGUAAAAACAUUUCACUAUAAUAAAGUGAUAAUAUCCAUUACUGGAACGUCAAAAAAUGGAAAACCAGAAAGUCAAUGUAAGCUUUUAAGAAAAAUUGUAAUAUAUUCGGAAAUGGAAUCAAAUCAGCAAAAAUUGGAAAAGUUGUCAAGUUAGGACAGUUAACAAUUACGUAAAAUAUACAUUUAGCUAUAAUAGUGAUAAUUCCAUAAAUAGAACGUAAAAAAACUAGAAAACCAUAGUAAACUCUUAGUAACAAAAUUGUUAAAAUAUUCAAAAAU